AUGAACUCUUUGGCCACGUUGCCCUCUUCUCCUUGCGGAUCCCGGGGCCUUCUCUCCGCCGCUGCGAGCACUUCGUACCACCAACACAAACACAUCAGACGACAUCAGAAAGUAUCAUCGCUAGUGUUGCAAAGAAUAAAAGUUGGAGGAGGAAAGAAAUCGUCGUCCUCGCCGACGACGACGAGAGCCGCAGGAGAACCCGCUUCUUCCAUCAACGAAACCUUGGAGUUGACAGGCGAUAACGUAGAAAAAGUGUUAGAUGAAGUUCGACCGUAUUUAAUCUCCGAUGGUGGAAACGUUGAGCUGGUGGAAAUAGACGGAUUAGUGGUUAAAUUGAGAUUGCAAGGCGCCUGUGGAAGCUGUCCGAGCUCCACGGUGACAAUGCGAAUGGGUAUUGAGCGCCGCUUGAUGGAAAAAAUCCCAGAGAUUCAGGAAGUCAUGCAACUCGUGGACGAGGAGGAAGGAUUAGAAUUGACGGAGGAAAACAUCGAAGCAACUUUAGAUGAAAUAAGGCCGUACUUAGCCGGAACAGGAGGUGGAGAACUCGAACUGGUCGAAGUCGAUGCACCGAUUGUGAAGGUGAAACUUACGGGACCAGCUGCAAAAGUCAUGACCGUACGUGUCGCGGUCACGCAAAAGCUUCGCGAAAAGAUUCCUUCCAUCGCCGCCGUUCAACUGAUAUGA